AUGCAGACUUUAAGGGUUUUUAUAAUCGUGUCUCUAUUGGUCCAAAUAAUCCAUGUGGGAAAUGCCUGUGAAGAAGAAAACUGUGAAAACAACCCUGGCAUGAAGAAGUUGAAUACUCCUUUGGACACCUUUCAUGACUUAAAUAAUCUCAAUUCUGAGAAGCAGAGGAGUAAAUCUUUUUUUGUGCACACAAAUGCCAGCAACAAACGGAACAGACACUGUUGCCAAAAUGGAGGAACUUGUUUCCUAGGCAGUUUUUGCAUAUGCCCUGAACACUUCACUGGGAGACACUGCGAACAUGAUAAAAGGAUCAAGUCUCACAAAGGAAACAUUACUGCAUUGGGUUCAUCUUGAAUAAUUCUGAAGGGCAACAGCUUCAGGAGGCGGCAUACCUUCUUAUAUCUUAUUUGCAUUAUCAACUCUUCUCAUGAUUGACUUGAGGCAAAGGAGAAAGAAAGCUGGUUAUUUUGUCAUUUCUUAAAGUAUUAUAUUAUUUGAACUAACUAUUGUGCUGCUAGUAAUAAGCAUGCCCAUUUCCCCAAAAAGUUCCAGCUGUGCCAAUAGUUAUUUAGGAAAGGUAUAGUUUGUAUACCAAAAGUGCAGCAUGCUCAGUGAUCAACAAUUAUCUGAUUUUGCAAUCAGUAUUACUACAAAACCAUUUAUGAUCUACAGCUUAAUUGUAGCAGCCUGAGAAGGGACCAUAGAUGUGAUCCUAUAUUUUGCAAGUGUAUGUCCUGAGGGCUGGAGCACAUAUUUCAUUUGUCAUAGGGAUGCUGCUGAUUGUGGUUUCCCCAUUACAACUGAUCCUCCUCCCAGCCAUAACUAUUAGAAGUUCUGGCUUUAAGGAAUGUCACUCUCAUUUGUGAUU